AGUGUGUGAGUGUGUGUGUGUGAGAGAGAGAGAGAGAGAGAGAGAGAGUGUGUGUGAGUGUGUGCCUCAGCCCCGUGUGGAAAAUGGAGACGCUAGUAGAAAAGAUCAAUUGGCUAACACUCAUGUGAUUUUUAAAGCCCAGACGAGCCGGUAUUAAUAGCGUCCAGGUUGAAACGCAGACGGACACGGGCCGAGGCAACCAUGGAAAUCUCCGGGAAUUUAGAGCGCUCUACGGUUUUUCCACCUCUGGAAUUGGAAAAUGACAACACGUCUCCGAUACUUUAAAUGCAACCUUUCCUCUGGUUUAGGAUCACCGGCUUUCGGCGAACAUGAUUUUAUGGACUCGUAGUUUUAGGUCGCGAGAAAUGAGCGCAAACUGAUCUGAGACACAAAACGAUUAGUCAGCUAGUUUCGGUGUGUAUUUUACUUGUUCUUGAAGUUUUAGUGGAUAUGGGCUUUUUUAGACCUCAUUUAUAACGUAACGUUAGAUACGAUUUUUUUAGUAUAGCGUUUAUUUGUUUUCUGGUUUUGUUUGGGGGUUCUUUUAACGACACGAACCGCGCUAAGUGUAACAAUGAGAUCUCUGGCCCCGGGAGUCAAACUCAUCACCUCUUUCUCCAGAGACAGCUGGUACCGGUUCUUCAUCCUCCUCCUGACGUUCGUCUUCUACACCACCUACCACCUCUCUCGGAAGCCUAUCAGUAUUGUCAAGAGUCAGCUGCACAGAAACUGCUCUAACGUUAUUCAUCCGGCAGACCUCAACAUCACUGACAAUGACACCUGGUGUGAUUGGGUUCCUUUUGACCAGAACAAUUACCAGAGCCUGUUUGGAGUCUUGGAUAACUGUUUCCUUGUUGCGUAUGCUAUCGGCAUGUUCUUCAGUGGGAUUUUUGGAGAGCGUUUGCCCUUGCGGUACUACCUGAGCUCAGGGAUGAUUCUCAGCGGCAUUUUCACUGCUCUCUUCGGCCUGGGCUUUUACUGGCAAAUCCACUCUUUGUGGUAUUACUGCUUAGUUCAGGCCUUAAAUGGGCUGGUGCAGACUACAGGCUGGCCGGCCGUGGUGGCUUGUGUUGGGAACUGGUUUGGGAAGGGAAAGCGUGGGUUCAUCAUGGGUAUCUGGAAUUCUCACACCUCAGUAGGAAACAUUCUGGGCUCCCUCAUUGCUGGGGUCUAUGUGUCAUCUGCAUGGGGCCUGUCGUUCAUUGUGCCUGGUAUCAUCAUCGCUGUUGCUGGAGUCAUCUGCUUUUUGUUCCUGGUCGAAAAACCUGAAGAUGUGAACUGUACUCCUCCACAACACCAUGAGAGUGCGGAGCAGGAGCCUCUGCUGAGGAACUCUUCCAGUAAUGAGGAGAUCUUCAGCACUAACACCUCCACAGCCGUGGAGACGGUGGAGGAUCACACAGAAGCCAUCAGCUUCUGCGGAGCGCUCAGGAUUCCUGGUGUGGUGGAGUUCUCCUUAUGUUUGCUUUUCGCCAAGCUGGUCAGCUACACCUUCCUCUACUGGCUUCCUUUAUACAUCGCUAAUGUUGCUCAUUUUGAUCCUAAAGAAGCCGGGGACCUCUCUACGCUUUUUGAUGUCGGAGGAAUUGUGGGUGGCAUCGUGGCUGGAUUAAUAUCUGACUACAGCGGAGGCAGAGCCACGACCUGCUGCGCCAUGUUGAUAAUUGCUGCUCCAAUGCUGUUCCUGUACAACAAGAUCGGGCAGAACGGCUUACCAACCACCAUUGGCAUGUUGCUGUGGUGCGGCGCUCUCGUGAAUGGACCCUACGCCCUCAUCACCACUGCCGUGUCAGCUGACCUAGGAACCCACGAGUGUCUGAGAGGGAACUCCAGAGCACUGUCCACUGUGACCGCCAUUAUUGACGGCACUGGAUCAAUAGGUGCCGCUGUUGGGCCUCUGUUGGCUGGCCUGAUCUCUCCCACUGGAUGGAAUAAUGUUUUCUAUAUGCUCAUUGCUGCUGACGUGCUGGCCUGUCUGCUGUUGUCCAGGCUGGUGUAUAAGGAGGUCAGAGGAUGGUGCGGAUACACUACAAGGAUGAGAGGGUUCAAAGAGAUCUGAGCCGCCCGUCGAACAAGAGAAUAUCACACCUGUGACGGAAAAUUACCUGCAGCAUAACGACAAAAAGGGACCAUGGACUGAUGCAACACACCAAGUCUUUUUAUGCCCAAGGGUUAUUUUAUAUGAAAAUUGUAACAUGAGACUUUCAUCCUUUUAUACUGACAAUGGAACAAAGCUCAGCUGCUGCGGUGAAGGAGGAGGAGAGUCACACACACACACACACACACACACACACACUCGUCCACACGUGGCCCGAGCGGGACAAACACAACAGGAUCGCUAAGCUUCUUCAUUUUAAUACAUUUUUAGUGACUGCUCAAUACGGAUGUACCUUUUUAUCCGAGCAUUAAAAUAUGCCGUUGGUGCUUUGUCCUUUU